AGGCCCUACGAGUGUGGGGAGUGUGGGAAGAGAUGCAGCGACAGCUCCAACCUGAUCGUGCACCAGAGGAUCCACACUGGGGAGAGGCCUUUCGAGUGUUCCGAGUGUGGGAUGAGCUUCAGCCUGAGCUCCAACCUGAUCAGGCACCAGAGGACCCACACGGGGGAGAGACCCUACGAGUGUUCCAAGUGUGGGAAGAGGUUUCAGACCAGCACCAGUCUCCUCCAGCACUAUCAGAGUCACACAGAGGAGAGGCCCUUCCUCUGCCCGGACUGCGGGAAGGGAUUCAGGCGGAACUCCCACCUCAUCAGGCACCGGCGCAUGCACACUGGGGAGAGGCCCUACGAGUGUGAUAAAUGCAGGAAGAGGUUUCAGACCAGCUCCCAUCUCCUCCUGCACUAUCAGAGUCACACAGAGGAGAGGCCCUUCAGGUGCCCCGACUGCGGGAAGGGAUUCAAGCACAACUCCACCCUGGUCACCCACCGGCGCAUCCACACUGGGGAGAGGCCCUACGAGUGUGGGGAGUGUGGGAAGAGCUUCUCUUACAGAUCCACCUUGACCCAACACCAACGGAGGCACCGGCGAGGGAAGCCCUGCGAGUGCCCCGAGUGCGGGAAGAGCUUCGUGCGCUGCUCCAGCUCCAUCCCCCACUGCAGGACCCACGCUGGGCACAGCCCUGCUGACCCACAUUCCCUGUGAUCCAUGCUGGGAGCACACCUGGCUGCUCCACUUUUUGGUUUGUCAUUCAUGUUUUUCUCUUCUCAAUCUUUGCAGUCCAAAAGCCAAGUGGGAUGGGUCUGUUACUUCAGAACAACUCAGUCCCACUGAAAACAACUCAGUUGUGGAAUUAAGGCUCAAGGCCACCUCAUAUUGGCUUCUUCCCACCUCAAAAAACCUCCAUCCCUUUCCAAAGUCACUCGACUCCAAAGCCACCAGGGUGACGUGGGGUUAGGAUGACACUGGGACAAGUGGGAUCCCAAUUUAGUGCGGAGGGACGGGGAUUGCGUGGGGCUGGGGGUGUGAGAUGUAUUUGAUACCCAAUAAAACUCUCAGACUUACUGCUUUCUCUCCCGUC